AGAGUGGACUCUUCCACCCGUAGUGCAUGAGGCAAGAUGGCGGCCUCCAGGAAAGAAGAAAUGCACGAAAUGAUUGAAAGGUUGGACAGAGAGCUUGAAGAGUGGGUCGAAUCUCGUCCUAAAAGAAAGCCAGACAAGGACGCAUGGACACCAGAUAACUGGGAAGAGGAGAUGAAGAAACACCCUGCCUUCUGCUCUGAACCACCAGAGGAUGUAGAUAAUGCAGAGAAGUACCCUGCCUGGGCUGCUCUACAGGCCAUUAAGUAUGAUGAGGGCGACACACCAGAAGAAAAAGCCCUGCAGUUCAAGGAUGAGGGUAACCAUUACUUCAAGAUGAAGCUGUACAAGAAAGCGACCAUUGCCUACACCCUAGGCCUCCAGCAGAAGUGUGAGAAACCUGAGGUCAAUGCCAUCCUGCUGACCAAUAGGGCUGCAGCACACUUUCAUCUAGGUAACAAUAGGACUUCCCUUAGUGAUGUUACCAAGGCAAAAGAACUCAAACCUGACCAUGUCAAGGCUUUGAAUCGGGGAGCCUUGUGUUGUAUGGAGUUGAAGCAGUUUGCCAAUGCUGUGACGUGGUGUGAUGAACUUCUCAGAUUGACUCCAGAGGACAAGAACAUCCAACAGCUUCGUGCAAAGGCAGAUAAACUUAAGAGAUCUCAGGAGAAGGACAGGAGAAAAGCUCAAGCACAGGAGAAAAAGCAGAAGGCUCAACACAAUAGGCUGCUUCAGGCUAUUAAGUCCCGGGGAAUCCAGCUCCAGAUGCCAGACAAUGCUGACUCCAGUGACGAGGAUGACGUGGCAGAAUCCAUGGACCGGCUUCAACUGGCCAGCCUGGAGGCUUCCUUCCCCAGUACUGGGGCAAAGGUGUACUUAGAUGAGAAUGGCUGCUUGGUGUGGCCUGUGAUGUUUAUGUACCCAGAGUACAUGGAGACUGAUUUUAUACAGGAGUUCCAUGAAGAAUCAAGACUGGCUGACCAUCUUGAUGCAAUGUUUGGAAGCCAGCGAGCACCAUGGGACGUGGAAGGAAAAUAUAAACCUGACAGUAUUGAGGUGUACUUUGAGGAGACAUCCAAGAGCAAACUUCACAAGGUGACUCUUGAGACAACACUGAAGGACAUUCUCUCAGAUUCAAGGUACAGAGUCCUAGCUGGUACACCUUCCUUCAUCCUCCUGCCCAAGGCCUGCAGGUUUACUGAAGAAUACCUCAGGAAAGCUGCAGAUGUUGCUGUCAGCUGAUCAACUACAGGCUUAUUGCAACCUCAACAUUUAAAAAAAAUUCAUUUUAACCCCCAAUUUGUUAGGAUUAUAUCCUAAACUUAUCUUAACAGCGUAUCUGUUCUCAGAUAUAUAGCUUGACUGUAUCAAGGAGAUUUUAGUUUAAAUCUCCUUGACUGUAUGUGAACAAAAUGUUCCUAUCUCCUUAGUUUUCAAAGCACGAAGAGCGGCUGAAACCAGCUCUACUAUCCUUUGCACCAUUGGAUUGCAAUGAUGAUGACAAUGACAAGGAAAUAGUGAAAAAUGUUGUAAAAUUUUUAUGAAAAAGAACACUGUAAAACAUUGUACCAGACAGACACAGGUGUCUCUUUUCUGCAUUUACUGAGCAGCAGGUGUUCAGUACAAAUACAGGUUAAGAAAAUAUUCUGAUUGUUGUUUUGAUAUAAUGUUACCAAAGAACAUCUCCACUUGUGUGGGCAGCCAUUAUUUAUCCUAAAACAAAAUGUAACCUUCAGUAGUUUACAUAGUAUUCUUCUUUUUAACUAAUAGGGACAUUUCUGUGUCACUGACAUGAAUAAGAAAAGUCACUGGUCAUCAAUCAAAUGAUGUACUAGUACUUGAGACAUACUAGUAGUACAAUGUAGUUAGUAUUGCAAGUGAAGGUUUUCCAAAAUGCAACCCUACUGUAAAUCAUGAAAAAUAGAAUGUCAUAUUAUUUUCAAAAUUUAUUGUAUAAUUUAAGUUUUUCAAAAGAAUGAUUGAUUACAUCUUCAGUACAACAAUCUUACGUGUAUAAACAAUAGAGGAACACUUCAAUGAAGGUUUGCU